CAAAGCAGGAGAAAGAUGCAACAUAAAAGAAGCAUAAAACAACACUGCCGAUCACCCACACAUGGAAUAUUUGUUAACAGUUGUGUGAUUGUGGUAAAUUUCAUGAAAUAAGAUCCAAACCUUUUAAUAACUCUUUAUUAUAUGUUAUUUUUGAUGGGCCUUUAUCGGAUCAGGGUGUUUAAGCAGGAGGCAGAGUCAAGGAGGAACAGUUGCUCUUAGAUCAAUAGGUUCCCGGUUUGUGCCAGGCGGGUAUGUACGAUUUGUCACUUCAAAGCCUUAUUCGAUAUCAGUCUCUUUUAUUUUGCAUCUUUUCCUCAAUAAAAAGCACUGUCCAGCAUUUUAAAUCAAUAAAAUGCAAUGCCCUUCAUACAACGCUUAAACCCUAGUUUCUACUUCCACAGAGGUAAUAAAAUACCAUGUUAUCUAAUAUGUAUGCUAUUCUGCUCUGACUUGAGAAGAAUCUUAGACAUGGUACUUCAAAAGAUGCAGAGUGACUGUUGAUCACACUGACUAGGAAGGGGGAAAAUGAGGGAGGCAUUUGUGUUUGUUCAGCAGAAGCAAAAGGGUCUUAAGCUAUUCUUCAAUAGCAAUAGCACUACUAAUCUGUUUGAGUGGCGGAGGAUCCAGUCAAGUAACAGAAGUGAUAAUCAUGUAUGUUGUAGGCAUGGGUCUGAAGUUUCCUCCCUUGUUGGUCCUUUAAGUGCUUUAAUAUAUGCAUGGCAUCGAUUGUCUCGUGCUAAUGCAUUAAACUGGAGAUCAUGCACAUCCAAUUCGAUACAAACUAAGGGCUUAGAGUAUGCUGGGAUGACGACAUAUGCUUCACAUAUUAAGAGACCCAAGAAAAUAAAAGAGGGCCGCACGAAGAAGAAAGUGCAGCCACAAUACCGGAAGGUUACAGCGUUUGAAAACAUAGUGGAUAGAGAUGACGAGUUUAGGUUUUUGAUAAAAACGAAAGAAUGGUUAUCAAAAGAACCUGAACAGGUGCUCCAGCUGGACGAUGCAGGAAAAAUGUACAGGGAACUGGGCUUUCCAAGAGGAAGAAAAGUCACAAGGUCCAUUGAGAAACAUCCUGCCCUAUUUCAGCUCUAUAGACACACUGAUGGAAAAAUGUGGCUUGGCUUCACUGACCUUAUGGAGAGGCUUUUGAAGGAAGAACACAAAAUUAUGGAGGAAACAGAGCUAAGCAGGAUGAAUACAGUAAGAAAACUCAUUAUGAUGUCUGUGAACAAACGUGUUACUAUGGCCAAAUUCCACCAUUGUAGGCACAUCUUUGGCCUUCCAGACAAUUUCCGAGACAGGAUUAAGCUAUAUCCACAGUUUUUUCGUGUUGUCGAAGAAGAGGGUUGUCGGUUUGUGGAGCUUGCACAAUGGGACCCUUCAUUAACAGUUACAGCCUUGGAGGCUAGUUAUAUUGGUAACGAAGAGAAAGUUAAAAAUGCAUUUGUGUUUCGUGUUAAAUACGGUAAAAGUCUCCAUUUGGGCAAGGAAAGAGUCAAGAAAUUGAAUGCUCUUAACACCUUUCCUCUCGUUUCACCCUACUCUGAUACAUCCGAUAUUGAUCCGGACUCUUUGAAUGGGCAGAAGUAUAGAGUGUGUUUGAUUCAUGAGUUUGUUAGCUUGACUUUAGAGAAAAAGGCUUCCAUACAUCAUCUAGCCGAGUUCAAGGAUGAAUUCAGGCUGGCCAAAGACACUUGCCAGUUAUUAAAGGAGCAACAUCGCACCUUUUAUUUGGCAGGAACGGAGAUGAAUUGGACUGUAUUUUUGAAAGAUGCUUACAUAGGGGAGCAUUUGAUUGAGAAAGAUCCAUUGGUGGUUUUCAAGGAAAAGUUGUUUAGUUAUGGUUUCUUGAGACAGGGUGAUCCAGAGCUCAAGGAGAUUUUGAAUGCCAGCAGGCUAGAUGAAGAUGAUAAGUGUAAGGGCAAGGAAGGGCAAGAAGCGAUGAUUGGCAAAUUAGGUGAAGACUAGUUACAGACAAUAUUCUACAGGCCUAGAGCCCUAGGAUCAUUGCAGCUGAAAAUACAAAUGAAAAUACAAAUGGGCGUCACUAGUACUCAUCCAAUUAAUGAUGUUGUACUGGAACAAUUUUCAGCAGAACAUGAAGCCUACCAUUAAAAAUAUAACAUGCAUAAGAGAGGAGAAGAAAUUUCUGAUCUUUUCAGAAUAAAAGGUCCAGGGAUGUCAUUCUUUCUGAUUGCAGAUGCAUGAUUUUUCACCAUUUUGCAGCAGAAAUUACUAAAUGGGCUCCGCAAGUUCUCCUGGAGUAGAAAGAAGAAGAUACGAAACAGGCUCUGCAAGUACUCAGAUUGUGAAGGACUGGGCUCUCGCAUAUUGUACGGAGGACCCCGAAUGUCAUGGGCAUUUGAUUUAGUUGAACACAUUUCUCAUUAACAUUGUUUUCUACUUCUAACUGAUGGUAUGUCUUUCUUCAAAGGUCACAUUCAACUUUAUAAUAUUUUUGAUAUUGGAACUGAAUGCCUGCAGAUUUUAUGGACCUUCCAGUUGUGGCUUUAAAUUUGUUAAUUUUUUUUCUACAUAUCAAAGAAAUUCCAGACGAUAUUUAUGUUCAUCUAUAGAUUUUGAAGGACUGAUUGUGCAA